GUCUUUCUCAAAACCGUCCGUCGUGUGUGACGUCAGAGUCGAAUAAAGCGAUCUCCAGUUCAGAUGUAGCUCCAUCGCCAGCUUCCCUCUCUCCGCCGCGACAAGGACCGCGGGUCGCUUCGAAACGUUAUGGCGUCGAGAAGAACAUCAACUGUGCCGAGUGGUUUAAAAAAUGCCUCCGCCGACGCCAAAAGCUCGAAAAGUGGGAACAGCGUCAAUAAAACCAACAACAGUGGAACUGGGAAGAAAGGUGUGAAAUCGAGUGGAACUAUAGUCAAGUCUCGAUAUAUGCAGUCUGCUGAGAAGACAUCCCUUUCAAAGAGUAACUCACUGACCAACGAGUCUAUUGCUGUGCCACCGAGGCCUUCUUCGCCUAAACCUCGUGGUGUCCGACCAAAGCUGGCCACUCCACCGAGACGCUCAAUGGCCCCACAGGGUCUUGCAACAACCACGACAACGCGUGAAAUGGAACCAUCCCUGCUCGGGAAAAGUAUUCUGCAGUCUACUUUCUCAGAUGGACACUGCUUUCGACCAGAUUUUGACAUUUCAGUCAUUAAAGAGAAAACGGUGAUGGAAAAUGCCACAGAGCCCGAGAGGAACCUAGAGGAGGAGAAGAGGGACAUUGAGAUGCAAACAUUCCUCCUGGCAUACCUCACAGCUAAGAUGGAGAACAACACUGCAAAACUGAAGGCUGACGCAGAGGCAAAGAUCCUGCAGACGAUGGAAGAAGAAGAGGAGCUACGUAAGGAGGUUCAUGCUAAGAAGCGCAGAUACCUUCUCACAGAAAAGAACAGGCUUGUGAAUGAGCUGCUGGAUUUGCAGAUUGCUGCACUGACCCCUGUGGCAGAAGCUGCCAAUCAGUUCACAGAGGACUACAAGUGUUUUGCAACUGCUGUUGACACCACCCGACAUGAGCUACCUGUCAAGAACUUCUACAUUGAAGGGGACAGAAGGGAAUUUCUAGAUAAAGCUGAGGCUUGCCUGAAGGAGAGUGAGAGGUUGCUGGCGGAGUGCACAGAGGGAGAUCAUAACGACAACAGAACCUCUCUAGAUUCCCUUAGGAACAUGAAAAUGACAUCUAAAGAGAUCAGUCAGCAGCUGUCAGGAACAUUUUCAGAGCUGCUGGAGCUGUCGUCAUCGGUCUGCCGCCACACGAUCCAUGCCAAGCAGGCUGUGGAGGAGGAGCAGCUCGGCACUGGGAGAACCCACGAGCUCUACUGCCCCAAACAUUGACAGAUGCCACAUAGCAUGAGAUUCACAGUACAAGCACUUUGAAAAACCCUCCAAUUGCCCCAGUCCCGAUAUAUUUGUACCGCUUCUGUCUUCUGUUGUACAGUCUGUUUUAGUUUUGUUUGGGGUUUUUUGCAGCUGUACAAUGAAAUUGUAAAUGUUGAAUAAUGACUGAUACUGUUUUAUAGAUGAAACAUUGUUAAUAAGCAGAAAACAAUAAAAAUAUAAAUUGAACAGUCAA